AUGACACCAAAGUUAGAUGCGGAAAAUAUUCCCAUCUCCGUACAGGCCAAUCCUCAACCCAUUAAGGAGAAGCCCAGAGUUCGAAGGGCAAUUGACGAAGAGGGUGAUAGGGUCACAGCGAGUUCCCCGCAUUAUCUGCCAAUCUGGGACCAUAGCCAGAAAUACGAACCCCUCCAGCCAUUCGAGCAUAUCGAGCACGGCAAAGGGGCGGAUCCAGGCUUUAAGGACCUUCUAACUGAAGGCUCCAAGCUCCAGCAUCUCACUCCCACCACGGGAUCAGAGGUCACUGGGGUCCAGCUCAGCAAGCUCAGCGACGCUGGUAAAGACCAGCUCGCCUUGCUCGACCUUACCGACCUCCCAAUCCAGGACGCCCUCGACUUUGGAGGCUAUUUCGGCCGUCAUCACAUCCAUCCAACUAGCGGAAGCCCCGAGGGUUAUCCUGAGCUCCAUAUGGUGCAUCGAAAUGGGAAUUCGGGCGAUUUGACUCAUUAUUGGCCAAACGGACUACCACUAGGCACCACAUUUUUAUACGCCUUGGAUGUUCCACAAGUUGGUGGUGACACUGCAUUUGUCAACCAGGUCGAGGCGUACAAUCGAUUGUCGCCCCUCCUAAAGGAUCGCUUGCAUGGACUUAAGGCGGUCCAUUCUGGAGUCGAACAAUCCGAGUUUAGUAGGAAACUGGGUGGAGUAGUAAGACGAGAACCUAUUACUUCGGAGCAUCCUAUCGUGCGCACUCACCCGGCAACUGGCCAGAAAGCCUUAUAUGUAAACAGCGUUUUUACCCGAAGUAUCGUCGGGUUUAAGAACGAAGAGAGCGAGGCGCUCUUGAACUUCUUAUACAACCAUAUUAGCCGUGGUAUUGACUAUCAGGCUCGCGUUAGGUGGGCUCCCGGGACUGUGGUUAUUUGGGAUAACCGCGUAGCUUCGCACUCUGCUAUCAUCGAUUGGACAACAGGGGAGCGACGACAUUUGGCUCGCAUUACCCCCAGGCCGAGUAGAGCUCAGACUCAUGAGGCGAGAAGGAUUUUCCAUUCCACGGAAUCGAACUUUCAAUUCCCGUUGAAGAUGGAGCUCUGAUUGGCAUGGUGUCGCUGCAAAGGCCUUAAGGGCUGGAUCGGCCUAAUGGAACACAAUCAACGCACAUUUGAAAUUGAAUUGGGAGAGAGACUGAUCUAAAUAGAAAUAAAUAGAUAGAUUAAUACGAACCCAGAAAACUAG